ACUGGGGAGGGCAUUUCGCAAGGGCAGAAAACCCACAGCUGUUUAAGUCCAAGGGCCUUUAUCAGCCAUUACGCGGGUGCCACUCGUUGCUGCGAGGCCGUCGCUGUCCGGAAACCAGGCUGACUUGUUUGCACUGUGCCAUCCCUAAGGCUCCUUCCAAACUGUUUGAGACCUGUUCUUUGUCCUCUGCAGCCCACUAGGUCCCGACUGGCAGUUGACUAUUGGGGCCCUACUUGCUGACCUUCGGCUUAUUCGGUGAACUCCUCGGCACCUACGCCCUCUGUUUACCUUCCUUCUUCCUGGCCUUGCCGGGAAGCAUCCGACAAAGCUUCAGUAGGCAGCAACUUCUGAGCAGCUGCCCCCUUGCUUCGCGCCCAGCCCACCAGGGCUGGCCCCGCUGGUCCUCCAAGCAGGAACAGGGCGCUCCUGAGAGGCGCGCGGUUUGCAGAUAAUGGCACCGAGGUCAGGGAGGUGAAGCUGCAGUUUCUCCCCAGAAUGUGGAACUUGACACUGCGGGGGUCUAGGAUCGGGGAUCAGGCUCAGACCUAGGAUGUAGGAUCAGAUCUAGGGCCAGAGAGGACCCUUAGGUGCAGGGCAAGUGGAGAUCUCAGGGUUCUGUGAUUCCAAGCCCCAAAGCCUCUGCGUGCAACCAGACAACUCGGGCCACCGCAGGCCGGCAAGAGGGAGCCCUGGGACCCAGGCCGAGUCGGGAGGCUUCCGGACGGUCCUGGGCGCCUCGCCAGCCGCAGCGGCUGGGAGGAAAGAGAGGGCGGGUGAGCGGGGAGCCCGGGCCCGCCCUGCAGCCGACUUCCUCGUCCCCGGAGGCUGCCCCAGGAGCGGCGGCGGCCUGGACCCCGCGCCAUGCCGGACGCGCGCGGCGCCAUCCUGGACGCGCUGGAGAACCUGACAGCGGACGAGCUCAAGAAGUUCAAGCUGCGGCUGCUGUCCGUGCCGCUCCGGGACGGCUACGGGCGCAUCCCGCGCGGGGCGCUGCUACCCAUGGACGCCGUGGACCUCACGGACAAGCUCGUGAGCUUCUACCUGGAGAGCUACGGCGCCGAGCUCACGGCCACCGUGCUCCGCGACAUGGGGAUGCGGGAGCUGGCCGGGCAGCUGCAGGCCGGCGGGUGCGGCGGCCCUGGAGCCGUCGCCCCAGCUGCAACCACGGACCCUCCCUGGGUGCCCGUACAGCCAGCACACUUCGUGGACCAGCACCGGGCCGAACUCAUCUACCGGGUCACAGAAGUCAAUGGGGUGCUGGAUGCCCUGUACGGCGAGGUCCUGAGUGAAGAGCAGUACCAGCAAGUGCGGGCAGAGACCACCAACCCGGCAAAGAUGAGGCGGCUCUUCGGCUUUGCCCCGUCCUGGGACCGGAGUUGCAAGGACCUGCUCCUCCAGGCUCUGAGGAGCACCCAGCCCUACCUGGUGGCCGACCUGGAGAGGAACUGAGGCACCCUCCCCACAGGCCCUCGACAGCUCCAGCCAACUCACCCCAAAUCUCUGAUUUUUUAAAUGUAUGAUGCAUGGGAAAAUGGCUUGUACCUGUGUUUUUCCUACAUCCAGCCCGCACAUGUACGAAGCUAAGCCACGUUUCCCAGGCCACACAGGCUGGGGUGCGGCUCAGUGAUAAAAGCCUGUGCUUAGCUUAUGCUAGGCGCCAGGCUCACUUCCCACCAUUACGGGAAGUCCACACCACCAGGGGCGGUGGUGCACACCUCUAAUCCCAGCACAGAAAACAACUUUACAGCUUUGCUUCCCAUGUCCUGAGCCUACAGGAGGAAACUUCAAGAAGGCCCAACAUUCAAGCUGUAGUGAGUGAGUAUUCUGGCUGUUUUCAGCCAAAUUUAUAGUGAGAACUGGGGCAAAAAAAAUCAGAGCAGAAAUUUUGGGAGAAAAAAGGGGCCCAGGAAGAACCAUGUGUAAUGUUUGGAGCAAAGCAUGGCUGAAGAGAUGAGUGUCAUUAAAAAGAAACCAAGUGGG